AUGCUUGAAGUCCAACGCGAGGUGGAGUACCAUCUCUCCCUACCUUCCCCCGCGCCGAGCGACGCGUUCCUGCCCGUGAUGCGAGACUUCCACGCUCACGCCGUGUGCUCCUUCACGCAACUCGAGGACCUGUUCCAGGACAUGAAGAGCCGCCUAGAAGCGUGCGCGCACGCAUUCGGCGAGGAAACUAGCGCCUCUCCCGAACAGCUGUUCGGAGCUCUGGACCAGUUCCUCACUCAGCUGGUCGAAGCUAGAGCAGAGUGCGACGCGCAACGACGGCGCCGAGACGAAGAGGAGCGACCUCAAAAACGCACAAUGGAGCGCAAACAAGCGUCCAGCCUUCUCAGCUCAGUCGGCAAGUCCCUCGGCAAGUCUAACGGCGAUUGCAACGGCCACAGCGACUCGUCUCGAGACUCCACGCUCACCAACGGACAGAAGGGCGAGUUCGAUGACCUCAUCUCUGCGCUGCGAACAGGUGAUGUGUUCGGUGAUGAUGUCGCCAAGUUCAAACGAUCCAGGAAGACUUCUAAGCAGAAAGGGAGGGAUUCACCACCAAGAGCCGUGUGUCGAGAGGAUUCUAGGGAGAGGUCUAAGAACUGA